AUGGCAGGAGGAUCACUGGUUGCUCAUAGAUGUGGUCAUUUGUUUCGACGUCUGUAUAUUUGUAUGUCAAAUGACGAUAAAGAUGACAAUUCUAUAAAGUGUCCUGAAGAAUUCGUUGAUUGGGCAGCUUGCAUGCAGCACCUGAGUGAAGAGCGAAGAUUACAAAUGAGAUCUCACCUACUCGAACCUAAGGAAAAAGGAGAGUCCUGA